AUGUCCAAAUUAAAUCAAUCAGAUCCUUAUCAAUUAUUUAGAUCAUGGGCACCACAAAAUAAGAUUAGUAUUGGUACUUUAAAUGAAAAGAUUUGGAAAUAUUAUGAUUAUGGUCCAAAAGAUACAAACAAUGCACCAAUUAUAUUCAUAUCCCAUGGGUCAGCUGACAUCUAUUUUAAACAAUUCUUAAUGUUAUGCCCUAGAGGCCAUCGUGUUAUUAGUAUACAAUUUUCACCAUAUGAUACAUUAUCAGGAUGGUGUAAAGGAUUUGAAAGAUUUUUAGAUAGAUUAGAAUUAGAUAAACCAGUUCAUUUAUUUGGAUCAUCAUUAGGUGGAUAUUUAGCACAAUGUUUUUAUCAAAGUAAACCAUCUCGUGUAUUAUCAUUAAUAUUGAAUAACACAUUCUCAGAUACUCAAUACUUUUAUGACAAUUCAAUUGGAUCAUCAUUAUUUUCAUUAUUACCAGAAUUUCUAUUGAAAAAGAUCAUUUUAAAUAAUUUCCCAUCAGGUUUAUUAGAUAAUGAAACGAGAGAAGCUGUAGAUUUCAUGGUUGAUCAAUUGGAAACUUUAAAUCAAAAUGAAUUGGCAUCACGUUUAACUUUAAACUGUUCACCUGUAAGUCUAUUAAAUCCAUCAGGUGGUCUAAUGGAUAAUAUAACAAUCAUUGAUUGUUUAGAUUCAACUAUACCCGAGAAAUUACGUGAAGAGGUUUAUAAAUAUUAUCCAAAUGCUAAAACUGCCCUCUUAAAAAGUGGUGGUGAUUUCUCCUAUCUUUCAAGAUCUGAUGAACUUAAUAUUCAUAUUGAAGUUCAUUUAAGAAGAUUUGAAAAUUUAAAUAACAAUAACAACAACAACAACAACAACAACAACAACAAUAAGGAUAUUAAAAAUAAUAAUGAAAAACAAGAAGUUAAAAUACAUCAAAUAAAUAAUAAUAAUAAUAAUAAUAAUAAUAAUAAUAAUAAUAAUAAUAAUAAUAAUAAUAAUAAUAUAGAUAAAAAUAAUGUAAAUAAAAUAGAAAAUAAUAAUAAUGAUAUCGAUAUUGAAGGACAAAAUAGAAUUUCAACAACCACAAUUUCAAAGAAUGUCAGCGAGGCAACUGGAAAAUUAAAUACUAGCGUUUUUGAUAAUGAAGAUAAUGAUGUAUUUUUAUAA